GCCACCAACGACCAGCCAGCACAGCAGAAAGCCCAGAAACUCCCGCCAAGCCACGAACCUCCACACGCAUGCGAGCUAACAGCUCCUUCCUUACCUCACCUCACCUCACCCCAGCUUCACGUCUGAUCUGAUCAGCCUUCCAGCUGUUGAUCACACUCCACCUACUCGUCGUCAUCAGUUGCGUUCCUGCUCGCCGACGUCGCGUCAACCAGCACUGCACAGCGACGCAGCUGCUCAUAAUCGCUCAUGCUCGCACUGACCAGCAUUGUUCUCCGCGACCUUGAACCGAGCUCGAUUGGUAGCUGGCCCUUCAGCAGUGUUACUUGCUAGAUUGGUCACUAUCGGUGUUACCGUGGCUCACUUCCUUCUUCAAGGAUCACCACCGGAAGGCUUCGUUGCUGGUUACGCUUGCCUCUUUCGGGCUCGCGUUCCACCCUCCUGUCCUGACCACUUUCGUCCUAAUUAUGUCGAAUUCGUUCUAACAAUUCCCAAUUCUAAUCCCUGUAGCGGCCCUGUCUCGUGACGCUCUCGUGUCUCCUCGGGGCAAUCGCCUUUUUCGCUGCGCAACGCGCCCGCGCCCGCGCCCAAACGGCCCAUGGCAGUGCGCGCUCCGCCGUGUCCAUGCCUCACUGACCAGCGCGCAUUCAUAAAUACUACCAUGUCUCACACUACCUCCCUCCGCACAAACUUUCUUGGCACCUGGCCAUCCCAUCAGGCGCAUCAGCCGCAGCAGCAGCAUCUCCGGCUACACUCCUAUCAACACCCCGCCCUCCACGCGUCCUCACCUCUUAAACUCACUCGUGCACAAGCGGCCGAACAACCGCCCAAUCCCAACCGCAUUCCACCCGCUCAUGGCGCCAGUACCGGCAAUUCCUCCGCAAUUCCGCCGACGGCGGGGGCGGCAGCUUCUCGCCGCGGCUCGGUCGCGAGCCGCGCCGCCGUGACCGCUCAGCCGAUGCCGGAUUCCGAGGGAAGGGGAUUUUUCCGCAUGCCGUCGCCCGUCCCCAUGCUGCAGAAACUUUUCCAGGCCGCGAAUGCCGCCGCGAUUGCCGUGCCUCUUAAGUUCCCGUUCCCCACUGCAGAAGCCCCGCCUCAAAUCCCCGCUAAUCCUGCCCCCACCAACGUCGCCGCCCCCACCGCCGGCGCCGCCGACGCCGCCAAAGCCGCCGCCGCCGGCAGCGCCGUUUCAGCUGCGGUUUCAACGGGAGUGGGCGCACGAUCCCCCGCUGUCGCGAAGAGCGGAGUGGCGACGGGAAGCAAGGCGCGGUCGGGGGGUUGGCGCAGCGAUCUGCACAUCAGCCGUGCGCUGCCGCUGCCCAUGACCGCGCCCAACUCGCAGCCGCUGUCGCUGGACGCCGUGGAAGAAAUGGUCCGCUGCGACCCCGAGAUGCAGGACUGCAAGGAGGUGGUGUACCAGUGGACGGGCAAGUGCACGCAGUGCAGCGGCACGGGAUUCGUGUCGUUCCGUCGCAAGCGAGGGAAGGACUACACCGGCACCUGCAUCACAUGCUCUGGCAUUGGCUAUGUGCAGCGAUUCACAAUCAGGGACAGCAUCCGAGUGAUGGAGGAGAUAGAGGACAAGUGGAGGCCAUGAGAGGGGGAGAGAUCGAAUGGGGUGGAAUGGAGUAGAAUGUGGCCAUGAGUGGUUGGAAUCUCGAGAGUAGUCGUAGCAUAAACGCUUGGAUGAGCUGUCGUACAAGGAAGGAGGGAGUCUAGCAGGGGGUAGCAUUUGCAAGAUGAGCUCCUAAUGAUGGACAAGGUGGAUGGACCCACAGGAGUAGUUUUAACAGGUUGUGUAUUGAGCAUUGCAUGUAUGGUACCUUUGUUUAUAGCUAUGUAGUUUAUACCUAUUAACGUCAUUGGCCC